AUGUGUGUAUCCGGCUUCAAUUUCUGCGGCUCAUUAACAUUGUGCACUCAGCUUCAGCGAAGCACUCUACGCCUGUGCAUACUGCGUGCGUUCCGCCUUGAUCCUGGGUUCCAGCUUCUGAGGUCUAUAUACAGUUUGGACGCUCUUCGCAAGCUGUACCCAAAGCAUUCAGUGGUCACAACUUCCGACUACCGUCUCAAUCUUUUGAACUUUCCAGAAGCGUAUAAGAUUCCGAUGGAGGCUACGCCUUUGGUUUCGGAACUGGUCUUCCGUCCGUUAGCGAAGAAUAUCAGUCCAAUACCUGGUGUCAUUGCAGAACUUGUUGAAUUUGGUGUUUUUCACCUGGCUUGGCAAAAAUAUGACUUUAUUUUAUACAUGGUCCGGUGCCCGGUAGGUUCAAUGGGUGUUUAUGUCACGCAGACUUUCCUCGUACAUGAAGGCUCUGAGGAUCCUGCACGUUCUCUUUUUCUUGCUGCAGGACUCUGGAGUGACCAACUUCACAAUGAAAUAUGGGUCUUCAAUCAGGGCUUCUGGCAAAAGGAUUACGCGUUAUGGACUGAAGUUCAGAAGGCAGACUGGAGGGAUGUCAUUCUGAAGGAAGAAUUCAAAGAAGCCUUCAAGAAAGACGUGUAUGGGUUCUUCACGUCCGAAGCGAUCUAUAAAGAUUUAGCUAUCCCCUGGAAGCGUGGAAUCAUCAUGCAUGGACCUCCCGGAAACGGUAAAACCAUCAGUAUUAAAGCCAUCAUAAAGACGUGCGAUGCAAAGGGUUUCACACCUCUCUAUGUCAAGUCCUUCAAGAGUUAUAUGGGUGAAGAAGGUUCCAUGGCUGCUGUGUUCAACAAAGCAAGACAGCUCGCCCCUUGCGUCCUCAUUUUAGAAGAUCUUGACAGCCUCAUUAACGACGCUAACCGAUCUUUCUUCCUCAAUCAAAUCGACGGUCUUGAAGGAAACGACGGUUUACUGGUCAUCGGAACAACAAACCACUUCGAUCGCUUGGAUCCUGGACUUAGCAGCCGUCCUAGUCGCUUCGACAGGAAAUUCCUGUUCGGCGAUCCAGACCAAGAGGAGCGUGGCCUGUAUGCAAAAUAUUGGCAGAGGAAGUUACAGGCGAACAAAGACGUAUCUUUCCCGGAUUCUUUGGUCAAUGAAGUAGCCGCUGCGACUGAUCGAUUCAGCUUCGCGUACCUCAAGGAAGCCUUUGUUUCCUCGCUGGUUAUGCUGGCAGGAUAUGAAGGCGAAAAAACAUCUUUCGCAUUGAUAUUGAAAGGGCAAAUUGAAGCGCUCCGCGAACAACUGGAUAAAUCUGUGCAGAGCUGCAGGGCUACGACUGAGGGUCCUCAAACACCUCUACGGGACAGAGACGUCCGCACCCUGCUAGAUAAUCUCUGCGAGGCCAUUGCCACCAGUCCAUCAUUUUCCUCACGAGUCCUUGACCACAGCGUCGUUGAGCGGACAGACUUGUGUGUUCCUGGCAGAGGUAUUCGUCGUCUUCUCGACACUUUAUCGGAGUUCAGUGGUCGUCAGUAUCAAGGUACUGAUCAGCGAGAGGGUACAGACCAUCGAGCCAUCCUUGACCGUGUCCUUGCGCAUGUCGCUGGCGAAGAUCGAGUGUACCUGGGUUGA